AUGGAUACGGCAACUGCCAAAGCCACCAUCGCUAAUGUGGUGACAUCAAUCAAAGACUGUGCCGAUGUUGGCAUGUUUGUAUUCAGUAAAAUGCAUCCAGCCGCAGCGGCGUUGGUUGGUGUCGGACUGCUUGUGAAGAAUUUGAUUAUAUCUACUGACUCGAAUCCAGUACUUGACGAUUUGAAAGGUUUGAGGUCGGAGUUGAACAAUCUUGGCGAUAAAAUGGGAACCCAUUUUAGCGAUCUGAAAGCCUUCAUGGUUGCUCAAACUUUCUACAAGAGCAUUGCCGUGAAAGCCGCAGUGCUCAGUAGAGCCAUGGCGGACACCAACGAUCCAGAUAGUAAUGAGACACGAAACUCAAGUGUAGCGUUCUUCAAAAAAAUGUAUGAAAAAAACACGCCACUGGAGCUCGCAUAUACUUUGAAGGAAAUGCUAGAUAAUAAAGUGACUAAUCCGUUGAAAAUGGCAAUGGACGCUGAUGAGUUGAUGACCGAAAAAACAUUCAACGAGUGGAAAAGUUUGAUUGAUGGAGUAUUUGCACAGUUGUGGACGAUUGAGUGCUUUGCCAGUGGACUGAUUUACAAUGAGAAUACAUAUAGACAGAACAGGCUGGCACAGGAGUUGAUGAGUUUUCGAAGCUCAGCAGAUAACUGGGAGAAGGAGUACAAGGCACAAGCUCUCUUCUGGCCUCAGAAAGUUCGUAGAUUCGUUGAAACCAUACAAGACAAAACUGACUGGAAGUCUCAUAAUGACGAAGCUGUAGCAAUCAAGGAAGGGCUCGAAAAGAUACUUACUGAUGACAUGUUCUAUAUUGUUAUUUUCCCAGAAUCAAGCUCGCUUUUGAAGUAUCAGAAAUCAAAUGAUCAGCUUAUUGAAUCAUUAAAACGAGGGGGCACGAAUAUUUUGAUCUACCGGAGCAAAACAGCUCGAACUGUGACCCAAGAAAAGUGGGACAAACUGAAACAGGAUGUGGAGAAUCAAAGAGCUAUAAAAUAUGCAGACGGCAGAAGAGGUUUAUGGAUGGACACCGAACAAGUGAAAGAAAUUGCAGAGAAACAGAUUUCAAAUUGCGUAUUCUUGUUAGUCGUUGGAGAGACUUCCAAUGUUGUGGCUGUUCAAUCGACACAUGCAGACAUUUGGUCAUGGGGCCCUGGCUGGUGGAAUUGGGGAAAUUAUACUUACUCAGAGCUUGAAAAAAUAAAAGGACCAUAUUUAAUUUUGUCUGCCUUUGAAUAA